GUCAAAGCUCGUGCCAAUUUUCUCGUGCCAGACAGAUAGUCGUCGCUAGCAGCGGGCAGGCGACAUCCGAGCACAAACAAAAAGGUAAAGUUCUUGAUGGUGCUUUCUCUCCUGAACUAUUGGAUCUGUUACAGUUAUAAACGUUUGUAGUAUUUUCACUUAGAGAGGAUUCUUGUUUAUAGCACAAUCUUCAUUUAACACUAGCAGUAUGGCUGGUUUCUUAUAAGGAUUUUUCUGUCAAAGGCUGACAGUUUUCUAAGGACGAACACUCAUCGCGUUCUAACUGAGUGGACUCGUGCGGUGGUCGCCCGACUUGCGCGUGCGGCAACGUUCAGUCUGUUCACACGGCUUUCCUUCUAUUUACGCAUGAUCUUUCAAUCUGAUCCAACAUUUAAAGAUCACACUUUUCAAAAUAUUUUAAUAUGAACUUCGCAGAUUAGUGUACUAAUAUUUUGAUUCCGAAUAUGAGGUCAGUUGAAACUUCGUAUGUUAACCCAGAAAACAUUGAGGCUCAUUUAAUACGGUAUCUUCCAUUAAACUCACUGGUAACUUGAUAUGUUUUCUGUACAUUCUGCACUUUAAAGGUGUCACAUUAAAAGCAAUCCUAUAUUACAAACUGUAACUAUUUCUAGAUACUGAGAGAGUUGUCCAGGAGUGCAUCACUAUCGGACAAUGGCAACCAUAUCGUUGGAAUCGUUUUUUUUACACCUAAUUGAUAGGGUGGAGAAAAUGCACUUGCAAAUGAACAAGCAAAAAAGCAUCAGAGAGGAGAUUAAGACGCUUGAAUUUUGGAGAUCCAUAAUAGCAGAAUGUUUAGCAAGCUUCUUCUAUGUCUUUCUUUUGUGUGGAGCUCACAUUACUUGGCCAGGUCACGAUCCCAGCAACUUGACCAUCAAGGCCUUGACCAGUGGUCUAACAAUGGCUACUCUGACUCAGUGUUUCAGUCAUAUCUCUGGUGCACAUGUGAACCCUGCUGUGACUUUUACCAUGUUUGUGACCAGGAAAAUAUCAUCUCUCAGGGCUAGUCUGUAUGCGGUAGCUCAGUGUGGUGGAGCCAUUGCUGGAGCAGCUCUCCUUUACGGGGUUACAAUUCCUGGACACCAAGGUACUCUGGGCAGUACUUUGGUCCAUGAUGACCUAGGACCGUGGCAAGCUUUUGGAAUCGAAUUCGUCUUGACGUUUGUAGUGGUAUUUACAGUAUUUGCUACACAGGAUCCCAACAGAAGGUCUUUAGGAAGUGAUGCACUGGCUGUAGGUAUUGGCUACCUGGCCACAUCUUUUACUGGGAUACCAGCCACAGGAGCGUCGUUAAAUCCGGCUCGUUCGCUAGGCCCAGCUUUUGUAAUGAACAAAUGGCCUCAUCACUGGGUAGGUGUUUUCUUUUAUGAUGUAGAAGUUAACUCUUCGUCAAGAACUCAU